AUUUGGCGUGGCGCAUGACCCUUUUUCAUUAAAUUAAUUAAUUUUUUGACAAGCAUACGGCAACUCAACUACGCUGGUACCUUUAUUAAAAAUACAUACAUAUUUAUCAUUAUCAUAUGCAUUGACUCAAAGCAGAAACAAAAAAUCAGAGUCUUUCAAACAGGGGAUGUACUACAAGGCGUUACCGAAAAAAUACCUAAUUUUUCGCGUUUAAAAAAGGUAUUUGUUUCCUGCAUUAACUGAUAUCAUAAAUAAUAUUAGAUGCAAACAAUAAAAUGACUUGACAAGUCAUGCACACCUAGAAUUGGUUGUCAAGUUAUUUUUUGUAUUGUUCUUUUGUUUGUUAUUUUAUAAAUACUAAAUUUCCCUUUAACAAAUGGCCCUUCAAGUUACAACGCCCUAACCAAAAACAUUAUAAUCCUCCACUGUUAAUAUCGAUUCAAACUGACAGCAACCAUGAACACAAUCCAAACUGAUACCUCUUUACCCAUACCUACAAGUAUAUUCUCUACUGGUGCUUACACACUCGUAUACCUACAUAACACUAGCAUACCCAUACAACAGACUGACAGUCAGGUUUUGGUGGUUGUUGUGUUAGUCAUAGCGAAUAGAUAUUGGGUUUGUUUUAGCAUGAGUUGAGUAUUUAUACCUGACUGUCACUCAAAUGACUGAAUGAAUGUUGGUAAAUUUCCUCGAAAGUAUUCAUGUAUGUGUAAGAAUGACGAUGUCGACUGAAGAGAAAUAAAAUUUUGUUCAAUCUUCACUCUUCAGUCAAAAAAGUUUCUCGUGCUAUUCAGUUGUGUGGUUGUGAUAAAUAUACAUUCGUUCGUUCAAAAUGAUGGAUGCAGGAAAACAAUUUCUAAAUGAAUUUAUCGAUUGUUACCAAGCGGGUCCAGCAUUAUGGGAUGCAACAAUUCCAGAAUAUACAUGUCGCCAAAAGAAAUUGAUAAUAUACAAUCAAUUACUUAGAAUAAUGAAAAAAUACAAAAAAGAUGCAAGUCUUCAGGAUGUUAAAAAGAAAAUCAAUACUUUGCGCAGCAACUAUAGAAGGGAAAUGAAAAGAGUACAAAGUUCAAUUGAAAUGCGUGAAUUUCCAGUUUAUGUACCGAAUUUGUGGUGGUUCGAGAAAUUUGAUUUUUUGAAAAAUUUAAAUCAAAACCCAACACAAGUUUACAGUAAUUAUAGUGUAAAACAUGAUGAAAUUUUUAUGGAUGAAACUGUGUUGAACGAAAUUGAAGAUGAUAUACACAGUGAUGAAUCGGAUACUCCCGAAAUGACCAUAAAAAUAGAAGAACCAAGUUUAGAAGAAACUUAUAUUAAACAAGAAGAAGACCAAAAGGAUAACAGUCAAACAGAAGAAACUUUUUUUAUGAAGCCAGAUUAUACAGUUCGCAAAAGACACGUGGAAGAAACUCUUAUUACGCCAGAAGAAAUUGCACCUGUACGACCCCCCAAAAUAAGAUGUAUCCAACCAAUGCCAAUGCAAAUCAGAAAUAACGAUGAUAAUUUGAGAACCAAUAAUAGUAGUUUACCGAACACAUCAUCAGAUAGUGGAGUCAGUGAUACUGUAGAUCACAUGUGCAAAGCAUGGGCAGGAGAUUUACGAGAAAUGGACAAACAUCAAAGGAUAAUUGCUGGUAGAGCAAUAAGUGAAAUAAUAUUUCAAGGACAACUUGGAGUUUUAACGUUAGAUUCAAUUCCACAAAUGCCUCGGAGUACCUCAUCAUCUUUGUCAACAUCAAAAAUUGCUACAAAGAGUAGUGAAUUUCGAAUUCAACCGGAGACUAGUUCAUCAAAGCCAAAAGUUGCUACCAAAUGUUAUUCAAAUCCGAGAAUAGUUUAUGGACGAACAAUAUCAAUUGAGGCAAAUAGAGCGAAAGAACAAUCAUAUUCAUUAAUAGCACCGGAUGACUUUUCUUAAAAUCAAUGAAAAACUAAGUUGUUACUAUUUUUAAAUUUAAAUUUGAUUAAACGUGCUGCCAAAAUAAAGUGAUUGUUUUUUAUUUUGUUUUAUAUGAUUGAUAUGGAAAAUAAUUUCUUUUAUUCACCAUUUAGUUUUAUAAGCAUACAAAUUAGGUCAGAGCCUGAGCCUUUAUUUCCCUUAAGCCCUGCUGCACACAUGUGUUUUUUUUUUGACGCCAAUUAAUUCUACUGGUAGAGCAAUAAGUGAAAUCAUACAAAAUUGCGGUAACGCUGCGUCAAUCUACUAAUCGUGCGGUGACGCUGCGGUGUUUUGGGAACCUGCGAAUCCUUUUUUCCCGGAGUGUCACAAUAUUUACCAUUAGAACGACGCGGCACAGCUUCAAGGAACUAGAUGUGUAUUAUUUCUGUUCCAGACUAAACCGUACACUGAGAAUAAGGAAUACAAAAGGACCUACUCAGAACUGAAGUGCACGCAAGUAAUUUUUGACAGGCGCAAGGUGAAGCCUUUUACGUAAAAACUCAUUUGCACGGAAAAUCUUGACGGGAAAUCAUGAAAUUUGGUGCAUCGAAGGGAAUAGAGAAUACGAAAAAGCUGCAAAAUUUUUAAAAUUCAAAAUGGCGGCUCCAAACAGA